AUGGCGCAGAUUCAGGUUCCGCAACAGGCACCGGUUUCCGGUCCAAACGGCGUCGCUCCGGGAUCCGGAGGAGCGCAAUUCAUGCUCACAUCUCUCUAUGUCGGCGAUCUUGAUGUUACUGUCACCGAUGAGCAGCUUUACCAACUGUUUAGCCAGGCGGCUCCGGUUGCUUCAGUGAGGGUUUGCCGGGACUUGGCCACCGGCCGCUCUCUUGGCUAUGGCUAUGUCAAUUAUAACAACCUUCGUGAUGCGGCUAGGGCAGUGGAUUUACUGAAUUUCACUCCGCUGAAUAAUAAGUCCAUCCGUGUCAUGUAUUCUCAGCGUGAUCCUAGUCUUCGUAAGACUGGUACCGCAAACAUAUUUAUUAAGAAUCUGGACAAGUCUAUCGAUCACAAAGCAUUACAUGAUACAUUUUCUUCAUUUGGCAACAUUCUUUCGUGCAAGAUAUCUACUGAUAGUUUUGGCCAGUCUAAAGGCUAUGGUUUUGUACAAUUUGACAAUGAAGAAUCUGCUCAAAAUGCGAUCGACAAAUUAAAUGGCAUGUUGAUUAAUGACAAGCAGGUCUAUGUUGGACGUUUCCUUAGAAAGCAGGAAAGAGAGACUGCGUUGAAUAAGGCCAAAUUCAAUAAUGUUUAUGUGAAAAAUCUUUCCAAGUCUACAACAGAUGAAGAUCUGAAAACAAUUUUUGGAGAGUAUGGCAAAAUUACUAGUGCUGUAGUUAUGAGGGAUGCAGAUGGGAAAUCAAAGUGUUUUGGAUUUGUCAACUUUGAAAAUGCUGAUGAUGCUGCUAAAGCUGUUGAAGCUCUUAAUGGAAAGAAAUUUGAAGACAAAGAGUGGUAUGUUGGAAAAGCACAGAAAAAAUAUGAAAGAGAGCAUGAGCUAAAAGCUCAAUUUGAGCAAACAAUGAAGGAAGCUGCAGAUAAAUCUCAGGGUGCAAAUUUAUACAUUAAGAACUUAGAUGAUAGUAUUGGUGAUGAAAUGUUGAAGGAACUUUUUUCUGAGUUUGGAACCAUUACUUCAUGCAAGGUUAUGCGUGACCCUAGUGGAAUUAGUAAGGGCUCUGGGUUUGUUGCAUUUUCGACUCCUGAAGAAGCCUCUGGUGCUCUUGCUGAGAUGAAUGGCAAAAUGGUUGUUAGCAAACCGCUUUAUGUUGCAGUGGCACAAAGGAAAGAAGAGAGAAGAGCAAGGCUACAGGCUCAGUUUUCUCAAAUGAGACCGCUUAACCCUUCAGUUGCUCCUCGUAUGCCAAUGUACCCUCCUGGUGCUCCAGGAUUUGGCCAACAAUUUUUAUAUGGUCAAGCACCUCCUGCCAUGCUUCCUCCACAAGCUAGUUUUGGUUAUCAGCAGCAACUGCUUCCUGGAAUGAGGCCUGGUGGCCCCCCUGUACCAAACUUCUUUGUUCCCAUGGUACAGCAAGGUCAGCAGGGCCAGCGCCCAGGUGGACGACGAGGAACUGGUGCUGUCCAACAGAAUCAGCAACCAAUGCCAUUGAUUCAGCAGCAGAUGAUGCCUAGGGGACGUGCCUAUCGCUAUCCCCCUGGUCAUAACAUGCCUGAAGUCCCUCUGUCUAAUGUUGGUGGAGGCAUGCUUUCUGUUCCAUAUGACAUGGGUGGCAUGCCCUUGCGAGAUGCUGGCAUCGGACAGCAUAUGCCAAUUCCAGCUUUGGCUACAGCUCUUGCAAAUGCGACACCUGAACAGCAAAGGACGAUGCUAGGUGAAAGCUUGUACCCCCUUGUUGAACGGCUUGAGCGGGAUGCAGCAGCCAAGGUUACAGGCAUGCUUCUGGAGAUGGACCAAACUGAGGUUUUGCAUCUCCUUGAAUCCCCAGAAGCCUUGAAGGCUAAAGUAGCUGAAGCCAUGGAGGUGUUGAGGAGUGUUGCUGCCCAGCAGCAGGCCAACAAUCCAGCCGACCAUCUGGCUUCACUAUCCCUGAACGAUAACCUCGUUUCUUGAAUGGCUGAGGAUUUGGGGUCUAAUUUUCUUGGCAGGGACGUGGCUUGACCUCUUUUAUCAGAACUGGGCUAUCUUCAGUUUAUUAUUAGGGUUGAUGUUUGGAACUCUUAUCUAUGCUUUGUUUUUGUCGGUUGUUAGGGCUUCUGAUACUUGCUAGACAUGGUUUGUUUUGGUUUGGCCUUUAAGUUUUUUAAACUGGUUUGUUAUGGAUAUUAUAAGUUUGUCUGAUGCAUUAAAAUUUGCAUUUA